UUUUCCACUGUAUGACAUCACUACAUCCGACAGUGCAUUGAACAGGACGAUGAGUAGUCCAACCAGACACAUUUCCUCCACUUCAAUGGAACGACAAUUGAAGCACUUCAAGCUCCUUCCUUACACUAUCAACUUCAUGGAAACCAAACAAAGCCUUAUAUAGACAAGAAAGACAGCAAUUGGAUUUUUGAGCUUCGGAACUACUUCUCCAUGAUCAACUUCACUCCACUCCUGGUAAGCCCAAUCGAAAUUUGUUUCACAAAUUAAACCUGAAAAUACUUCUUCGAAUGCCCCCAAAGUUCAGUCGUUUUCUCAAGUUCAAACCAAGCAAGUAAAUAACAGAGUGGUUUCUCAGAGAUCCAUAUUAACAAGAAAGAAAUUUUCCAAUAUGGUAGUUUAAUCAAAUUUCAAUUGCCCGUUAGACAAAAAAAGGGUUUUGCAGGGAUCAGAAAACGCCUCCAACUUGGACCCUUUUACUCAAAUCUUUGCGAAACCCCAAAACACAAACUAUACUUCUAAAUCAAAAUCAAUGGCUUCUUCUACUGGGUUCUGGUGGCUGUCUGCAAAACCUUCAAUUUCCAACACAUUUCUACAAAACCCAAACCCAUUUUUGUCCCCUGUUCCAUGCCCAAGUGGUCGUUCUCAAUCUUCAUCAACUGCAGCAAUCAAGUGUGGGCUUCGCGAACUCCGAGAGCGAAUCGAUUCCAUAAAGAAUACACAGAAAAUCACCGAAGCUAUGAAGCUUGUGUCGGCUGCUAAGGUCCGCAGAGCUCAAGAAGCAGUCAUCAAUAGCCGACCCUUUUCGGAGACUCUCAUCGAGGUCCUGUACAGCAUCAAUGAGCAGCUCCAAUCCGAAGCCAUAGAUGUACCUUUGACCAGUGUUAGACCCGUUAAGAAAGUUGCCCUCGUCAUCAUCACCAGCGAUCGAGGUCUCUGUGGAGGUUUCAACAAUGCAAUUAUCAAAAAGGCCGAGACCCGGAUCGCCGAACUGAAGAAUCUUGGUCUAGAUUACGCAGUAAUCAGUGUUGGCAAGAGGGGCAAUUCUUACUUCAUGCGCAGGCCUAAUGUUCCAGUCGAAAAUUUCAUCGAGGGAGGGACUUUUCCAACGGCAAAAGAUGCUCAGAUGAUCGCUGAUCAAGUUUUUUCUCUCUUUGUGAGCGAAGAGGUUGACAAAGUUGAGCUUUUGUACACCAAGUUUGUUUCUUUGAUCAAGUCCGAUCCUGUUAUUCAUACAUUGCUUCCAUUGUCACCGAAAGGAGAAGUUGUUGAUGUGAAUGGGAAUUGUGUAGAUGCAAUGGAGGAUGAGUUCUUUAGGCUGACAACUAAGGAAGGGAAAUUGACCGUGGAGAGGGAGAGUUUGAGCACAAAAAGAAAAGAAUUCUCACCGCUUUUGCAAUUCGAGCAAGACCCGUUUCAGAUUCUCGAUGCUAUGAUGCCUCUUUAUAUGAACAGUCAGAUAUUGAGGGCAUUGCAGGAAUCAACAGCAAGUGAACUUGCAGCGAGAAUGAAUGCUAUGAGUAAUGCCACAGACAAUGCCGUGGAGUUGAAGAAGACUCUUUCGAAUGUGUAUAACCGCGAAAGGCAGGCGAAAAUUACGGGAGAGAUUUUGGAGAUUGUUGCUGGAGCUGAGGCACUAAUAGAGUUUGACUAGUUUGUUUAUCUUCUUUUCUCUUGUACUUCAUUCUUUCUUUACCAUAUUGAUUUUGGUGAAAAAUUUUGGGACUUAACUCGACGGGUCAAUAUUGCUAAAGACAACAGAUUCAUCAAUGAAGAAGGAAAGUUUCUAAUUGUAACUUUGUGAUGGGACGGAAUUAGUUAAUUCCCAUCUUGGAAACGAGUAGACCUUUCAAAUUUUGUUCUCUAGCAUUGUGGUUCUUUCUUUCUUCCUCUUGACUUUUUUCCCCUUCAUUUUCUUACCAAAUGACUGUUUGUACAUUGCUUCUAAGCAUCAUGAAUUUGUUAAUGAAUUUAUGCCUAUUCUAUCCACAUACCUUAAUUCUUAAUGAAAGAUAAUUCUUACUUGAGUC